UGUCGUUGACCAUCGUGGCAACCGCUCAACAUCAAUAUCGGAGAGCUUCACGUACAAUCUAACUCCUCUCCUCGACUUCCGUCUUUCUUUCCCUCUUCUUUCUCUUUCUUUCUUUCUAUACCAUCCGCAAAGAAAAUUCACCGACAGAAUUUUCUCCGGAUUAUCAGAUUUUUCCCCUAAGAACCUGUCCUUCCGAUCGGUAAUUAACCGAACCCCAUCGCACCCCUUUCCUAUCUCGAGGAACAUCGGUUUUCAUCGUCGAGCAAAAGAGAGACACCCGAAUGAUCGUCCGGCGUACGUUCGAUCGUAGAAAAUCGUAAUUGUGUUGUUACUUCUUGUGAGAUCGUGAGAGAAAAAGAGGCAACCAUGUACGCGAAGCUGUUACUAUCGAGGUCCACUAAGGUUGGAUGUUUUCCAAGAAGAUUGGCCUCGUCCUCGUCGAAGCUAAGGAUUCCCGAGCAAGCAAGAUAUAGAAUGGACUUACGUAGAGAGCUGCAGACGGCAGAAGGGCCUCGGAAAACAGCGAUAUUCAGCGAACGCAGCCAGUUGACUUACACGCGUCGUUUGGUGGUGAAAUUGGGCAGCGCUGUUAUCACGAGGGAGGACGAACACGGACUGGCGCUGGGACGCUUAGCUUCCAUAGUCGAACAGGUAGCCGAAUGCCAAAACGGAGGUCGUGAAUGUAUUAUGGUCACCAGCGGUGCGGUUGCAUUCGGUAAACAGAAGCUCGCUCAGGAGUUGUUGAUGUCCUUAUCGAUGAGAGAAACACUGAGCCCAGGUGGCCACAUGAGGAAACGCUCAGGUACUCCUUUGGAGCCAAGAGCAGCCGCGGCAGUGGGUCAAUCGGGUCUGAUGUCCCUGUACGACGCCAUGUUCGCCCAGUACGGUGUAAAGUUGGCCCAGGUGUUGGUCACCAAACCAGAUUUCUAUAACGAGGAGACCCGGAAGAAUCUCUUUAGCACCCUCAGCGAAUUGCUCAGCUUAAAUAUCGUACCCAUAAUCAAUACGAAUGACGCGGUUUCACCUCCUCCGCAAGCGGACGAAGAAGUGGCCGGUGGCGGAGGAAGAAGAGGCAUCUCCAUCAAAGACAACGACUCCCUGGCGGCUAUGUUGGCUGCCGAGAUCCAGGCAGACCUGUUAAUUCUAAUGAGCGAUGUCGAUGGUAUUUACAACAAACCACCGUGGCAAGACGGUGCCAAGAUGUUGCACACUUUCAGCUCUGACCUAAGGGACACCAUCAAAUUCGGUCAGAAGUCAAAGGUUGGUACCGGUGGCAUGGAUGCGAAGGUGAACGCUGCGUUGUGGGCCCUCGAUCGCGGUGUCUCUGUGGUGAUCUGCAAUGGAACCCAAGAGAAAGCAAUUAAAAGCAUCCUGUCUGGAAGGAAAAUUGGCACCUUCUUUACUCAAACAUCCGAAUCCACCACCCCUGUGGAGGUGGUCGCUGAAAAUGCUCGAACCGGCAGCAGAGCUCUUCAAGCACUCCGGCCAGAGGAACGAGCUAGUUGCAUCAACAUGUUGGCCGAACUCCUGGAGACCCGUCAGCGGGAGAUUCUUCAAGAAAACGCGAAGGAUCUGGAGGCCGCGGAGAAGACUGGUCUAGCAAAGGCUCUUCUCUCUCGUCUUUCUCUGACACCCGCGAAGUUAAAGUCGUUGAGCGCUGGGUUACGGCAAAUUGCCAAUGAUUCCCUGACGAACGUCGGCCGCGUUCUCCGCAGGACAAAACUGGCCGAAGGUCUGGAAUUGAGACAAAUUACUGUCCCCAUCGGCGUGUUGCUGGUGAUCUUUGAAUCGAGGCCAGACAGUUUACCUCAAGUGGCCGCGUUGGCGAUGUCCAGCGCAAACGGUCUCCUCCUGAAAGGUGGCAAGGAAGCUGCCAACAGCAACCGGUACUUGAUGGAACUCGUGAAGGAGGCGUUGAGCAGUGUCGGAGCCGCCAACGCGAUAUCUCUAAUCUCGACGAGGGAGGACGUCGGCGAUCUAUUGUCAAUGGGAAAACACAUAGACCUUGUUAUUCCUCGAGGUAGCUCGGAGCUGGUACGCUCCAUUCAAGAACAGUCGAAACACAUACCGGUCCUCGGACACGCGGAAGGUAUUUGCCACGUGUACGUGGACAAGGACGCGGACCUUUCCAAGGCUCUCAAAAUCGUAAGGGACUCGAAAUGCGAUUAUCCUGCCGCUUGCAACGCUAUGGAGACCCUUCUUAUUCACGAGAGUCACAUGAAAGGAAACUUCUUCUCCGAUGUCUGUAACAUGCUUCAAAAGGAAGGAGUGAAAGUCAACUCUGGACCAAAACUGAGACAGCUGCUGACGUUCGGACCACCUCCAGCGAAGAGCAUGAGGACCGAAUACGGAGCUCUCGAAUGCGCCAUCGAGGUCGUGUCGGAUCUCGACGACGCGAUAAAUCAUAUUCACAAACACGGUAGUGGACACACCGAUGUUAUUGUUACCGAAGACAGCCAAAGAGCUAGCCAUUUCCAAAGGGAAGUGGACAGUGCAUGCGUCUUCCACAAUGCCAGCACACGGUUCGCUGACGGAUACAGAUUCGGUCUUGGCGCAGAGGUCGGCAUUUCCACGGCAAGAAUCCACGCACGAGGCCCGGUAGGAGUGGACGGUCUGCUGACCACAAAAUGGGUGCUGCAGGGUGACGGUCACGCGGCUGCCGAUUUCGCGGAGGGUGGUGAUAAAGUGUUCCUUCAUCAAUCUUUACCGUUGAACGAGUCGGCAUGAAUCGAUGCUACAAACUCGGACAAGCAGGAUAGCGAAAACUCUGCUGCAACGACAGGGAAGAUCUUACACCGAGAGGAACCAGCGGAGAAAAAUCGCGUCGCUCCUCCGGAUUCGUUUAAAAAACGCCCGAAAUCGCAACGCGUUCAUACAUUUUUCUGUACCAUUCGAUCUCUCGUCGCUAAAGCCCUAGAAAUUAUUAAAAGCUUUGUAAAAUAGAGGCGCACAGACCCGCGUGAAAAAAAUGUGCGCCUUUAAUUAAAGUGGACAGAAGAAAAAAUAUUACGUUUUCUACUUGACACUCGCAAUUUUGUUAAUUAAAUGUGAAAUUUCUGCUAGACUAAGUAUUAUUCAUAAGAGUUACUGCCGUGAAUGAAAUAUAUUCUUUUUCGACAUCUUCAACGAACCAAAGAAAAUUCCAAUAUUAGGAGAAGUGAAAACAAUGUAAUUUAACCGUGCAAAUAUAUUGUCGAUCAAUUUAUACUUGA